CUUGUGGGUGCUGUCACUCCAUCCAGAUAUACCUCUGCGCAGCUGUCAACCAACGUCUUCCUGGUGCUGGAGCCCCACCAUGGCUGUACCAUCUGCAGACCUAACAAAGGAAAUGGCUCUGUGUUUGCGGUUUCUUCUGCUCCUGCUGAUGGCUGCAAAUGGGUUGUGUCAAGAGGAAGUUUGCUCGAAGUCGGUGAUCAACUCGUGUGAUGACUGUAUCAGAUCUGGGCCGUACUGUGCCUGGUGCCAACAGCUGAAUUUCACCAAACCAGGUGAGCAGGAAGCAGUACGCUGUGACACCCAAGCAAAGUUGACAAAGAGAGGCUGCAAGAGGGAGGAAAUCAUCUCCCCAAUGAACGAUCAAAGAGUUGUCAAGAACGAUCCUCUGUCGACGUCCUUCAACAAACUGUCCAGAGUGGAGCCUGUCCAGCUGAGUCCACAGAGGAUCAGACUGAACCUGCGACCCGGGCUUCCCACCACAUUCCCGCUUUCUUUUAAAAGAGUUAACGGUUAUCCAGUUGAUCUCUACUACCUGAUGGACCUGUCUUACUCCAUGAAAGAUGACUUGGAAUUUGUCAAAAACCUUGGACAAGAUCUUUUUGCAGCUCUGAAUGAAAUCACUGAAUUUGCUCAAAUAGGGUUUGGUGCCUUUGUUGACAAGACAGUACUUCCUUACACCAACACCAACAAGGAGAAACUGCUGAAGCCGUGCGAUGAGGAUGACCAGCAGUGCCAGGCGGCCUUCGGCUACAGACAUGUGCUUAGUUUGACGUCAAGGGAAGAGGAGUUCAAAAACAAAGUGAAAGAGCAGUUCAUUUCUGGGAACUUGGACUCUCCAGAAGGGAGUCUGGACGCCAUGAUGCAGGCGGCCGUGUGCGGGGACAAAAUAGGUUGGAGGAACAGCAGCACCCGGCUGAUUGUGCUCACCACUGACGCUGGAUUCCACAUGGCCGGGGAUGGAAAGUUAGCUGGCAUACUGGAACCCAAUGAUGAACGGUGCCAUAUGGAGAGCAACCUUUACACCAAGAGCAGUGACAUGGACUACCCUUCUGUCGGACAACUAGCUGUGCAGUUGGAAAAAAACAAUAUUCAGCCGAUAUUUGCAGUGACAGAAAAUGUGUCGAUGGUGUUCAAGCAACUCUCUCAAAUGAUUCCAAAAUCCGAGGUGGGAGUUCUGUCAUCGGACUCUAAAAAUGUGGUUGAAUUGAUUAAGAACGCUUACAAUAGGUUGUCCUCCAAAGUAACUAUAACCCAUGACAACCUGCCUGACAACGUGAGAGUGGUCUACACCCCUAAAUGUGACAAUCCAAUACGAGAAGGGGACAGCAGAGGGGUUUGUGACAAUGUACAAGUGGGAAAGGAGAUUUCUUUUGACGUCACAGUGACAGCUGACUCAUGUAUGAAGGACAAGUCUUUCACUAUUAGACCACUGGGCAUCAAAGACACAUUGACAGUGACCUUAUCUACAAAUUGUGAGUGUAGUUGUAAAGACCCAGACUCCAUCAGCCACCCACACUGCAAUAACAAGGGACAAGUCAGCUGUGGUAUUUGCAGCUGCAGUGAAGGCUUCAUUGGUCAGUUCUGCGAGUGCUCCAUUGGCGAUAAGGACGAGCGCACCCUGCGAGCGUCCUGCCAGAGGGAUAAUGGCACCGAGUGUGAGGGUCAGGGCGAGUGUGUGUGUGGCAGGUGCGAGUGCCACAACACCGAGAGUGGAAGCAGUUACCAUGGAAAGUUCUGCGAGUGUGAUGAUGAACACUGCGAGGUUUUCGGCAAUCAAUUGUGUGGAGGAAAUGGGAACUGCAAGUGUGGGAAAUGUGAGUGCUUCAAAGGCUACGAGGGCUCGGCCUGCCAGUGUAAGGUGUCAGAGGAGGGCUGCCGCACCCUCAACGACUCUGUGUGCUUCAACAGAGGCGUCUGCAAGUGUAACCGCUGCGAGUGUAAGGCGGGGUACCAGCAACCCCGCUGCCAGAACUGCAUUGGCUGUGCCGACCCCUGCCUGACCAAACUGAACUGCAUUGAAUGCCUCGGCUUUGAAUCGGGUCCAUUAAAAAAAAACUGCAGUGUGGUGUGCAGCGGGAGCAUUUAUCAUGAGAUGGUGGAUCAGUUCUCCAUUGAACAAAAGAAGUGCAAUCAGAAGGACUCGGAAGGCUGCUGGAUCAAAUUCAACCUGGAGCAGUUGGUGGGAGAGGAUAACUACAGGGCUCAGGUCCUGAAAAAGAGAGAGUGUCCGGAGCCCCCCAGCGUCUUAGCCAUCAUCGGAGGCUCCAUUGCCUCGGUGGCUCUGAUCGGCAUCCUGCUGCUCAUGCUCAUCAAGCUACUGCUCUACAUGAAGGACCUGAAGGAGUUCAGGAAGUUCGAGAAUGAAAAGAAGAAAGCCAAGUGGGCAAAGGCCGACAACCCGCUGUUCAACAAAGCCACCACCACUGUGGAAAACCCCCUCUUCAGUGGAGAAUGAGGCCCCAAGUCCACAGUUGUGCAUGCUGUCCGUCCACAUUCGCACAUUAUUUACCGGCUUUAAUGUGGACUUUGCUUACUUUCGUAAAGUGGACAUAUGUUUUUCCCGUAUUUCCUGUCAUAUCUACAAUGUCAUAAUGUUGGAUUUUCAUGUUAAACGUUAAAAUAAUGAGGUAAACGCAAUUUUAGUCAAAUCCCUUUGAAGUAAAACGUUCAGAUUUCCAACUAUGUCGCAUGUAGCUACAUGCUAACAACAGAAAACAAUGUCAUCUUGGCUGCCAGUCUUGCUAAAUUCUCCCCAGUUCCGGUCCCUUUACUGCUGGGACAUGUCCGGUUGUGUAGGAUUUGGUUUAGGAGCCUUUAUUGGUGAUUUUUUCCCGGUUCAAAGUCCUGUUAUAUACUCCAUUGCAGUCAGUCUCAGGCUCCGCAGUGCAACAACACAGCAGAGAAUCAGAGACUUGUGGACAUGCACUGACCAAUCAGAGCCGACUGGGCUUCUUAAAGCUCCAUUGUGUCAUUUUUUUAGUUGAUUCUUAGCAACAAAAAAAACUUUGUUCUUUCACAAAUAUAGGUAAUUCAGCCUAUUUGUGUAAAUUCAAAGUUUUAUAGUUGCUUGGCUAACUAUAGCAUGGUUAUGCAUAACGCUAGAACAACGUCUAGGAUACUUUUCCUUGUGUCAGUGAUGAAAAAGGAUUGUCUACGUUGUAACAUAAAUGUAAACAUAUGUGUCGUGAUUUCCCUGGCAGAAAACUCACGUCAUGGAGUUGUAACACAGACUAGCUCCAGCUAGAACAGCUGCGUGGAAACGAUGGAGAUACUAAGAGCUCAUUUCAGUUUCAUUGACAUCGUUCAUACUGCUCAGAGAAAUAUAUUAAAAACACAAUCCUCCGCUGCUUCUCUCCUACGCUGUAAACAUUGCCUUACACUAUUAAUCUCGUACAAUAUACAGAAUAACGAUAUAAUAAAGAAUAAAGUAAUAUUCAGUUGGUUGUCAUAUACAAUUUCACCCCUAGAUGGGAGAAAUUCUUACACAAUGGAGCUUUAAAGAGACAGGCACUUCUACAGAGUGUCUCAUACAGAGGGUGUAUACAGGAGCAGCAGCAUUAAAUAUAAUCACAAAAUACAAUUAAAGCUGCAAGCAGCGAUGGACGGGUCCUCGCACAUCUUCUGUGCGCGUCGGAGUUACUGGCAGACGCCGCUCCUUGCGACCCUGCAUUUGCGCGGCACUCAGACACCGUCACCAAUGAAAAGGGAACUCCCUGCUGAGUUCAAUGAUACCUCACACAAGACUCUACCUUAAAUGGGUCACCAAUUAUGAAAGGGGCGUGGCUUAAGCCUAGGGGGGCAGGCCAAACCAUCACCAAGGAAGUCUCUAAAUGGCGGAUUUCCUGUUGGGUUUAGGGUAGGGCUCUUAUGAGUUUUUUGUACAUAAUGACAUGCUACAUAAGUGUAUCAAGUUUCGUGAGUCUACGAUAAACGUAGUGCAGGGGCUACAUUUUUUUAAGUUUGUAGGGGGCGUUAGUGAGCCAUUUUUGUGUGCCUAUUCCCGAAACCCUUAAAAUACGUAAAGUUUCACCAGACUUGAUGCAACCGCCAAUUUUUGUGAGUUUUUGAAUAUGUUAAGCCCCUCAAAAAGGUGAUUCAUUUGCAGAAAAUAAUAAUUCCUUCAGUUCCAAUAGGGCCUUCGCCGCUGUUGGCGCUCGGGCCCUAAAUAUGAUCCUGAACAUGCUAUAUAAUGGGUCACCUUUAAUGAUGAUCUGUCAUUGGCUGUCUCCACGGCGGCACUUUCAUUGUAUUUCUUUACUUAUUAUUCCAGAAAAGCCUGUUAUUGCUAAUUGUUUGUGAUAUUUACUCAUGGUAUAUUGUAGUAAAGCUAACAAUAUAGACCGCAGGAGAGGAGUGCAGAAUGUAUUGAUGUGUAGCACACAUACACUGGAUGCAUUGUACAGGAACAUCGAUACUCAUCACUGAAAGCAGUUUCUCUGUGCAUGGGGCACACACUUGGAGGGAUUUUCUGAAGGAUUCCAAAUUAGUAAAUUACAUAUUUUCACAAUUUCCUCAUUUGAAUGUCAUUUAGGCUAAGCAAGACCCAGAGCUGCAGCAAUCCAUGUUUGUGUCCAACAGACAACAAUAAAUCCAGUACCCACUCUC